AUUUCCAACUAAAUAGUUCGUUUACGAUCGUCGCUCUCGGUCCGCUGGAAGAUCCAACUAACUAAAGCCGGAGGUGUUGUGUGCAAGCCCUUUGUUUUGUCGGUGGAAAAGUACCAGCUCGAAGUACGCGCGAGUAACGAGUUAUCGAAGCAAGUUAUAACAUGUAGGAAAAAGUGAGACCGUGCAGACAAAACGGGGAACCAUCUCCGUUAGCUGGAGCAAAGUGAUUCGAAGAGGCGCCAAGACGCAGAUCAAUAUCUCCAAAAUGUGCGGUCACGAUCGAGUGCAGAUGCUGAUUUUGCUGGUGGCGGUGCUUGCAGCAGCAGUUGUCAGUGGCAGCAAUGAUUAUGAUCCGGUGACAUGCGGCAAAUUUCCAACACUAUUCGAAUACGAAGAUUUUGAAAGCUGUCGAAAGACAUACCGCGAGCAGUACGACUAUUGCAUAGUUCGAGCCAAGAUCAUCGCCGACGAUGAUUCCCCACAGUGGCGAAAUAUUAGCAUUUUCUCCGACGACAGAUUCCACUAUGAUCAUCGAAUAUUGGAACGAGGAGUAUGCGUACAAAGCUGUCAAGGUCCGGUAGAGAAAGGUGCUCUACCCGAUAACCACCUGAUGGGUUUAUUGAGAGCUUGCGUCAAUAAGCGUCUGCAAGAGGAUUUCAGUUUGACUAUUGAUCCGGAAAUUGAAAUCUACCAUUGCUACAACAAACCAAAGGAACGCCCACCGUAUGAUGCUCUUGAGGUGAUUUUUUUGAUCGUAAUAGCAUUGCUCAUACUCGUAGUUUGCUACUCAACUUGGUAUGAUCUCUCCCUGCAAUCGAGCCAACGAUAUCCGGAAAAAUUCUUCAGUAAAUCUCACAGCACGAGCCGUAACCGGCUCUUAACGGCCUUCUCAAUUCCAAGGAACAUCCGUCGUAUAGGAGAUACUCCCAAUACAGAAACACGGCAACACCUCAACUUUCUUGAGUCGUUCCGCUUCAUUCAGAUGCAACGGAUAGUCACGCUGCACAUCGUCAUGGCCCUUGUCAAGGCUCCCAAAAGCAACCCCGAAGAUCUGGAGCGGAUGUUGUACCGCCCGCCAACCAUCCACUACGUAGCCGACUUCCAAAAUUACGUCCAAACAUUUUUCUCCAUCUCCGGAAUGUUGCUCACCAUAAACUUUUUGGACCACAUCGAGAAAAAUCCUAAGUUCAACAUGAAGUACUUUUGGGAGCGUAUCCGAGCUCGGCUGUACCGAGUUGUUCCGGCAUACCUGUUCAUCCUGCUGCUGGAGACUUCCAUCAGUCGGCGAUUCAUGAACGGACCACUUGCGCAGCAGAUGGUUGGAGAAUCCAGAGCCAUUUGUCGCCAGUGGUGGUGGAACAAUCUGUUGUUUCUGAACAACUACAUCGGUACGGAUCAACCGUGCCUCAUUCAGUCGUGGUAUCUCGCCGCUGACCUGCAACUCUUCAUAUUUGCUCUGGGAUGCCUCAUGGUUAUUUGGCGAUGGCCAUUCCUGAAGAAAUACAUCCUAGCGGUAGGGUUCGCUAGCGGUCUAGUGGUAACCCCCAUUGUGGUGUACCUACGUGGCCUACCGCCGCUCAUGACGGAAGAUCUCAAACUGUCGGAGGAUUACAACUUUGGCCAUCCGUACUUCCAGCUCUACCAACCGUUCCACAUGAACAUCACCAUCUACUUCGCCGGAAUGAUCGCCGGUUUUGUGUACAAUCGGUUUCGGUCAUCACGCAAAGAAUUCUUCAACUCCCGAUUGCAGUUCUCGUUGCUGCAGAUCACCAUACUGAUGUACUUCUUCGCCAUGUUCACCGACUGGUGGGUCGUUCUGCAUCAGGCUUCGAUUCCAGCGGUUCUGGUGGCGAUCUAUGCCACCUGGUACAAGCACGCCUGGGGCUUUCUUUGUACCAUGAUUCAAAUGCGAACAUCACUCGCCACCAGUUGGUCCCGGUUCCGGACAUUCUUCAGUCAUCCGGUUUUUAUGAUCCUGGGAAAGCUGUGCUACAGCUUCUAUUUAAUCCACUUCACGGUGGUUGUGCAAAUCGUAGGAAUGGUUAAACAACCGAUUUUCUUCAGCAUGAGAGUUAUCAUAGAUUACAUGAUGACGGUCUUCAUGUGGACGUUCAUAUUCGGAACGAUGCUGUGCAUUUUUGUCGAACUGCCGUCGAAUGUGGCUUUGCGGGAGCUUUUUGAAUCCAGAUCGGAGAAGAAGCCCGUUGCCAAUAAUAAUGGUUCAAGUAGCACGACUGUGUCAAACGGGAAGGCGCAACUUGAUGCCACGAGAGAUUAAGACAUGCUUGUUUUUAACAGUGAGUGAUAAGAAUGGUUGUGUUCAUUAGGAAUGGAAUGGGUUGCGAUCUCGCUGUGCUUUACUAUGUUCAAAACUUGUUUAAUUUUAUUUAAAGUGGUGAAUGUCGAGAAUGACGAAAAUGUAAAAAUUGAAACGAUGUCUUUCGGAUCCAAACAAGCGAAAGAACUGACUAAAAAUUGGUGCAAGUCGUCAUUUUUAUCACAUCCUUACUAAUUGAUUCUACGUAUUUCGUUCGUCACUGUAAAAAUAAUCAAAGAGAAUAGCUGGUGCUAGCCCACCCAAGCGCUCACGAGAGCAGUCGCAGUGCCGGUUCGUCUCUUGCUCUCGCAUUGAACUCGUAAAUGAUCUCGUCGGAAGCCGCGCGUGGCGAUGUAGAAACGCGUCAUAGUGGGACGUCGUCAUAGCGACCACCACACGAGCCCUCUCUGCGGGCAAAGAAGAAAGCUACCAAAACAGAAACGGCAAUCGUACGAUCGUCCGAUUAGGCUUCGGUGUAGGUCAAUGCUGCUUGCUGCGAGGCGAUGAUUAAUGAUUUUGUGCUCUGUGGUGGAACAACAAAAAUAUCAAUAGACCUUGAUGAGGUGAGAUUUCCGCGAGUUUGGGAUUUUUUGUAUGGCAGCAAAUUUGUUUGUAUGUUUAGGGUAAUCACC